AAAGUGUUGCCAAACUGCGUGGAAAAGACAAAGUGUGCAAUACGUAUUUUGUUGUUGUGUUGCUCGCUUGCGAAUCCAAUAACUAUACUAUGCGAUCUGAGUUUGCGGUAUAAAAUACAAAAAUUGCCACUCAAAAGCGGAAGGCGAAACACGCGAAAGGCAGCGCUUGAGAGCCAGUGAAGUGGUGGCCAGUGAGGAGAUAACACCGAUUGUUGUUAUUAUUUAUAUAUUUUUUACAUAUUUUUUAACCGCUGUGCGGCAGUGCGUGGUGUGAUCGCUGAGCAAAGUGAGCGAAAGAAGUGCUUAAGCGGAGAAAGGUGUAACUGGGGGCAAUGACAACGUCGACAAUUAAGCCAACGGGCGGCGAGGAAGUGCCGCCGGCGGGAGUGGUGGGCGGUGUGGGCGACAUCGCUGGUGUGGGAGUGGCCGCCAGCCUGACGAAGCGGGAUUCUGAGGAGGAUACGUGGGCAUCCAAGGGGUACAACUACAUCAAUCCGUUUGUCCAUCGCAUCGAAAUCGACAGUCACAUUGAAGUGGCCAAGAUCUAUGUGCUGACAGUUCUGCUCCUGCCCAUCCGCGUGGUGGGCUGCGUCCUCUCCCUGAUCUCCGCGUGGAUGUUCGCCUGCAUUGGACUCUAUGGAAUGACCCUGGAUGAUCUCAAGGCGAAACCCCUCACCGGCUGGCGGAAACAAGUGCAAUGCAUGACGGCCUGUGGGAUGCGCAUGGUGUACACCUUCGGAUCGUUCCACUAUGUGACCAUGAAGGGACGAGCGGCGACGGCGAAGGAGGCGCCCAUUCUGGUGGUGGCACCGCACUCCUCCUACGUGGACUCCAUCCUGGUCGUGGCCAGUGGCCCGCCCUCGAUAGUGGCCAAGCGGGAGACGGCGGACAUACCGUUGCUCGGAAAGAUCAUCAACUAUGCCCAGCCCAUCUAUGUGCAGCGCGAGGAUCCCAAUUCCCGCCAGAACACCAUCCGUGACAUUGUCGACCGAGCCCGUUCCGCAGACGACUGGCCGCAGGUGGUCAUCUUUGCCGAGGGCACCUGCACCAAUCGCACGGCUCUGAUUAAAUUCAAACCGGGCGCAUUCUAUCCGGGCGUGCCCGUCCAACCGGUGCUCCUUAAGUACCCGAAUAAAUAUGACACCUUCACAUGGACCUGGGACGGACCUGGAGUAUUACGCCUUCUCUGGCUGACGAUGACGCAGUUCUAUAACCGCUGCGAGAUCGAAUAUCUGCCCGUGUACACACCAUCGGAGGACGAAGUGGCCGAUGCCAAUCUGUAUGCCAACAAUGUGCGCGAGGUGAUGGCCAAGGCCUUGGGAGUGCCCACCUCGGAUUAUUCGUUUGAGGAUGUGAUUGUAAUGAGCAGAGCUCGCGACAUGAAGAUUCCCUUCCCCGGCGACAUCGUGGAGAUCGAGCGCACCAUCGAGAAGCUGGGCCUGAUCGAGAGCCAACGGGACGCGGAGCUGUGCAAGGGCUUCCUGCGGCUGUCCAACACGGAUCGGUUGGAUAUCAUCACGUUCGGCGAGCUGCUCCAGGUGGAUCUUAAGAACACUAAUCUCCACAAGCUGUUUGCUCUGCUCGAUCACCGUCGCGCCGGCACUGUGAGUUUGAAGAGCUUCCUGCUCUGUUCCCUCUUCUGCAAAUUAAAGAAUUCCGAUCUCUUGACCUUCCUGCGUGCCCUCAUCCACCUGUACAGCGAAUCCAGUCAGCAAAUCGACAGGGAAAGCUUUGUGCGAUUAAUGAGACACGCUGGCGGCAAGCUGAAUGAACAAAAGGCGCAGGCGCUCUUCUAUGCUCUGGAUACCGACAACCUGGGCUACAUCUCCUUCGAUUCCUUUGUGGAGCUCACGGAGAAGCAGAAAUCGAGCUAUAAAUUCCUCUAUCACAAAUCGGAGCACAUACGGCGACCAAAGGCAGUGACAACCGCCGAGAACUGAAGAUCUGGAGCACGUUUUUGUGUUUCACAGGAAACGGAGUCAAGCUGGAUGACGUGGAGUUGUAACCAAGAGAAAAACCCAACCUAAGCAGAAUGUUCAACUGUCGAGUGUAUAUUUUUAAUAUUUAUUUAUCGUGUAACGCGUGUCCUGGCACCCAUAUUUUGUAAUUAAUAUAAUUUCUAUUAUUAUUACCAUAGUUUCUUGUGAACAAAUGCUCACAGCACAGAGAUCCGGAUCUGAUUGCGCCCAGCUUUGUUAUUAUUUAUACUCGGACUGUAAACGCAAGUCAUUUCAUCUUUGUGAUUCUUAAUAUACACACCUACGUUAUAUAUACACAACAAAAACAUAGAGGAUAUAUAAACAAGUAUGUAUCUAUGUAUCUUAUGUAGAUGCAGGCAAAAGCAACUAUCAAACCCUAGAAUAUUUCCUAUUUCCACGGCCAAAAAGAGAAACUACAAAGAAUUGUAUGACAAGCCAUAGCUAUAAGACAUAACAGCACACCCAACCAACGAAGCUCUCCUUCGAUCCCACUCACUAAACACCACCAAGACCAAACAGAACAAUGGAACUGCGAUCGAACCCGAUCAUACGCACCACUAACCAAGUAAAACUGAACUACCACCAAGCACACCAAACGCAAAACUAUUAUAAAACCAGCUGUAUUCGAUAACUGAUGAUAAUUCUCAGUUAUAAAAGACGGAGAACAAUGUCACAACAACCUAUUACCUAAUCUCAACUAAAUUGAGAGUACGAUCUUUUAUACGAGACUUGCUUAUCACUUGAAACUCUUUAACAAAUUGUUUGUAUAUUCUUAACUAUUUAACCGAACGAUUCUACUAUUUUGAAUACCUUAUUGAUCUUUGUUAAACUGUGUCGCAUAAUUUAAUAUUGCUGAAUUUGAAUUUAGGAUCUCCGAUCUGUUGUAUGCAUGUGUCACCCUCAGAUCUAUAGUUCCUCAGAGCAAAUGACAUGCCAUUUGAUUAUCGAACAUUUCUUGUGCAUUUGUAACCUACGCGGCCCACUUAACUAGACUUCUGACCAGCACCUGGCACGGAGAGCAGAGAUCUAUGCAGAGCACCGCCUGUACUUAAGUCAAGCAUCUUGGGCACAACCCAACCUCACACACAGUCUGUUCUAUAUAUGUUAUAAAUUGAUGAAGAAAAAGGAAACACACACACACACACACACACACACACCAAGAAGCACCUGUAAUUGCGUAAUUGUAAAGAAUAUUUGCAAUAGGAAAACUGCUCUUUUGAAACGAGAGGGCAAACAGGAGAACUGCUCUGUAGUUUUUACAUUUGGAAGGAAGCUAACCCUAAGCUAAACGAUCUAAUUUAUGUGCUACUGUAAUAGAUAUUAUUAGCGCCCUAAGCCAGCACCGAGAGCAAAUUCAAAUCGGAUGAGGAAGCUGCUCAAAACAAAAAAUAAAUAUAUAUAUAU